CGCUGAGCCAAUUUCCUCUCGCUUCCAAAGCUGCGCCAUAGACCUCGUUGAAACCCGAGCGUUUCCUCUGUAGCAACUACUACAGUAUCGAAGAAGUCGCUAUAGCCUUUCAAGGACACGGUUCGAGCGUCCUUAUAGCAACAGGAUAUCAUGGACAAAAAGGCGAAGAAGGAAGCGGCCUCCUCCGACGAAGGCCUGGUGGACCCGCUGGACACGCUACGAGCCGAAUGCCGCGCCAAGGACAAGUGCGUCGCCUACAACCAGAAGCUGGACGAGUGCAACGCGCGCGUCCGCAGUCGCUCGCAGACGCUCGAGUCGUGCACCGAGGAACUGUUCGAUUUCCUGCACUGCGUCGACCAUUGUGCCUCCAAGGAUGUCUUCAAGCACCUCAAGUAGCCAGCCUUCCAAUGGUGCGUCGUCUCGGUUCGCUGUGCGCAAGUUUCGCGGACGUCUUCCCGUACGGUGUACGAAGACAGCUCGAGGAACUUUUCCAGGUGACAUAAAUGACCCGCGCCCGGAUUGCAUGCGACGGAAAAGCAACACGGCGCAGCGCUGAAAAAGCAAUAAAGCCACCCC